UGCCUUCACGGGCUCGCUUCAAUCAUAGGACAUGGGAAUUUUUCUCUCGUCACAGUCACGUUCGCAUGUAAAAAAAAACACGUCACAUCCAAACCAGUCGCUUUGGAUCACUCUCGAUCGACUCGGUGCCGAUUGACUCGACCGUCCCUCGUGGCGUGAGUGCGCCUACGCGUGCGACGGACUUUAAAGGCAGGCGCGAGGCAUGUCAUAAACGACAAAACCGGGGAGGUCGUUGGUGGUGGUGCGUUUGGGGGCCAGUGAGGCGGUACCUUGCGAGCCUCCUUCACUCUGCGGUGCCAGCGAGCUCUUCGGAACAGAAAUGGCGGAGGGGGAGUUGGAUGUGGACUCGUUGAUUUCCAGGCUUUUAGAGGUGCGAGGAUGCCGUCCGGGAAAGAUCGUCCAGAUGACGGAGGCCGAGGUGCGGGGCCUCUGCAUCAAGUCCCGGGAGAUCUUCCUCAGUCAGCCCAUCCUCCUGGAGCUGGAGGCGCCGCUCAAAAUCUGUGGUGACAUCCACGGGCAGUACACAGACCUGCUGAGGCUCUUUGAGUACGGCGGCUUCCCCCCAGAGGCCAACUACCUCUUCCUGGGCGACUACGUGGACAGGGGGAAGCAGUCCUUGGAGACCAUCUGCCUGCUUUUAGCCUACAAGAUCAAGUACCCCGAAAACUUCUUCCUGCUGCGGGGGAACCACGAGUGCGCUUCCAUCAACCGCAUCUACGGUUUCUACGACGAAUGUAAGCGCCGGUUCAACAUCAAGUUGUGGAAGACCUUCACCGACUGCUUCAACUGCCUGCCCAUCGCCGCCAUCGUGGACGAGAAGAUCUUCUGCUGUCACGGAGGUCUGUCCCCCGACCUGCAGUCCAUGGAGCAGAUCAGACGUAUCAUGAGACCAACAGACGUGCCAGACACGGGCCUCUUGUGCGACCUCCUGUGGUCGGAUCCAGACAAGGACGUCCAGGGCUGGGGCGAGAACGACCGCGGCGUCUCCUUCACGUUCGGAGCCGACGUGGUCAGCAAGUUCCUCAACCGGCACGACCUGGACCUCAUCUGCAGAGCCCACCAGGUGGUGGAAGACGGUUACGAGUUCUUCGCAAAGAGGCAGCUGGUGACGCUCUUCUCAGCUCCCAACUACUGCGGAGAGUUCGACAACGCCGGCGGCAUGAUGAGCGUGGACGAAACCCUCAUGUGCUCCUUCCAGAUCCUGAAGCCUUCCGAGAAGAAAGCCAAGUACCAGUACGGCGGCAUGAACUCCGGCCGGCCCGUCACUCCUCCCCGCACAGCGCAGCCUCCGAAGAAGCGGUGAAGGGCGACGGAAGACGUCGUCUGCUUCUUACGGCGCACGAUUUCAUCAACUGUUUUGAAAAAAGAAAAGAAAAACAAAAAAAAAAAAAGGACACACCCCAAACUGUUUUUCUGUCUCACAGAAUUGCCUCAUUUACUCCAAUUUCCCCCGUUGCAUCUAUGUAACCUUCAAACAUUAAACACGUGACAAAACACAAACUGAAGAGAAAUCACUUUUGUAUAUCAAGACCAGUUUUUGAAAUGUACCCAAUGUUGUGUUGAAUCAACAACGGACAAGCGUGAACCUUUGUAAGCCCUUUAUUUACAGUCAAAUUCUCUCUCUUCCCGUGUAUAACGCUCAAGAUCCAUCCAAUAAAAAUGUCAAGAACACACAAAACAGUACUGCGACUGAAAUGGCAAGUAUUGGAACAAAAGAGCGCCGAAACAGAGACGCAGUCAACAGAUGUGAUGCCGAUGCACAUUCUCGAGGCAAGUGCGAAAAUGUUUUUGAUCUUUUACUCAAAAUACAAACUCUUGAAAUGCUGAACACAAGGGCCCUCAUCCUCCCCCUGUGAAAAGUAUUUAUUUUUUGUGUCCCACAUGGAAAAAUAAAAGCAAGGCUUAAUGGCAUUCGAGCAAA